CGCAUAGACGUAUUAGUCGGAAAAACGAUAGAAACGUGUCGAAAGAAUAGAUUGCAACGCAGUGACUUUUUUGUCUUGGGAGUUUGUAAUUUCUUUCUCGAUAAAUAUAUUCUACAUAUUUUUAAAUAAAUUCUAACAGGAUGUCGAAAAACGAAGAGAAAUUCGAUGCAAUGUUGUUGGCGAUGGCUCAACAACACGAAGGUGGUGUUCAAGACUUGUUAGAAACAAUCUUCAGUUUUUUGGCAAGGAAAACAGAUUUUUAUACCGGAGGAGGCGAAGGUGCAGCUGAAAAGCUUGUUACUGGAAAGUUCAAAAAGUAUGAAGCAACUGCUUUAGCAAAAGCUGCUGCAGAGAAAGCUGAACGUGCAGAACAAGAAAGAAGACGAAAAGAAAAGUUGGAGAAAAAGAAAAAGGAAGAAGAGAAAUUAGAAGAACAAAUGGAUAUGGAUUCUAGAAUAGUUGAAUUGACGGAUGAACAGGCGAUUAAAUUACAACAAGAGAUAGAUAACAAAAAGAUAUCUAAAGAAACAACUGCGGUUCCUGGAACUAGUGGUGUUAGUGCUGACGGUGAAUCAAAGAAAGAGAAUAAAGAAAUGGCUGACGACGAAGAUGAAGAAGAUGAGAAAGAAAAAAAUAAACUAAGGCCUAAUUCCGGCAACGGUGCGGAUAUGCCUAACUACAGGUGGACGCAAACUCUUCAGGAAGUUGAGGUAAGUUUUUGAACAAAUCUUUAAUAU